AUGACAACUGCAGAAAAUUCUAAUGUUCCAAGGCCUGAAGUUACUGCUGCUGGCACCAAUGAUGAUGAUUUAAACACGCAGGGUAAGGAAAUUGGUCGUGCAGUUGAGACUUGUUUGCUUGAUUGGGGUAUAGACAAAUUGUGUACACUCACGGUUGAUAAUGCUAGUUCAAAUGAUCUUGCGGUUGCAUAUUUGAAAGAAAAGAAGCUUGCUAGGAAUGUUGGCUCUUUCCUUUUAGGUGGUGAAUGUUUUCAUAUGAGGUGUUGUGCACAUAUAUUGAAUUUGAUUCUGAAAGAUGGUUUGAGUGAUGUAAAUGGUUCAAUAGUUCGAAUUCGUGAGGCUGUGAAGUAUGUUAGGAGUUCUCCACAACGGGGAGAGCGUUUUCAAGCAUGUGUGAAGAGGGAGAAUAUAACAUUUAAGUCACAUUUGUGCCUAGAUGUUUCAACUAGAUGGAAUUCCACAUACCUUAUGUUAGAGGUGGCCGUAAAGUUUCAAAAGGCUUUUGAAAGGAAGAAGGUAAUAGAUACAUUCAACUGCAUUUUUAGUGAAUGUGCAAAGUUUCAUGCAUUUACUUCAAGCUCUAGUGGAACAAGUAAUAUUGCAAAUGAAGUGAGAGUUGAUGAUGGAAAUGUAGAAGAUGAUUUUUCCUCUUUGUACAAGAAGCACAAGAUACAAGAAGAAAGUUCUACUCCUAAGUCGGAAGUGGAAAAAUAUUUGGAGGAAGCUUGUGAAGAUGUUCCAGAAUUUGACAUCUUGAAUUGGUGGAAGGUGAACGGAAGUAGGUAUAAAAUACUUUCAGAAAUUGCAAGAGAUAUUCUAGCUGUUCCAGUCUCUACUGUUGCUUCGGAGUCCGCUUUUAGCACUGGAGGUCGUGUGCUUGAUCAAUUCCGUAGUUCUUUAACUCCAAAGCUUGCGGAAUGCUUAAUUUGUACACAAGAUUGGUUACGGGCUUCACCAAUACCAAUUGAUGUUGAAGAAAAGUUGGACGAACUUGAACAAUACGACUCUGGUAAAUGUUAA